AUGCCGAUUCAGGAGCAACAACAUGGCUUUAGCCGUCAGGAAGUAAUCUCCGCAAUUGAGGAGGUAGAUACAAAGCCGAGUCAGCUUCAACUGAUCCUGAAAAACUCACCGGAGCUUAUUCGAGAAUAUGGGGAUGAGCUACUGACUAUUGUUAUCCGACGCUGUGAUGUUACUACGCCGGCAGGAGGUGACUGUAAGUUGCUCGCGUUGAACAUUUGUUGGAAAGUUCUAUUGGCUAUUCUCACAGAUUCGCACGUUUCACAGCCCAUCUAUGAGUUGGGUGCAUUGUUUAUGUUGGACCAACUGCGUCACGGUGUUUUAUCACACGAUUGGACCGAUUCAAAGCUGAUAAAGCUAGCAACAUUUUUUGCGUCUCACAUCACCUUUAUAGUAAAGGCACAUCCCCGAUAUUUCCUUUGCGCUAAAGAGCAUGCGCUUGUGCGACGUGUCGUGGGUCUCUUUAUUUUGGUGUCCUUUACAAUUGCAAGCAGCAAUUUAGAUGACGGCAUCCUGAAGCCUCUAUACGAUAAUGUUUUGUUACGAUUGAAGACUAUAUUAGAGUAUUUGGGUUCGGCAUCCAUUAGCACAGCGGAAGGGAUCAACCAGCACAUGGUGAACGGGGUGUCAAUGAAGGAAGCGAACGCUGCUGUAUCGUCUGAUGACAACUGCUACGUUAAUUUACUGUAUGAAUGUAUGUCUGAGGAAGCUAUGACAGAGGUAAUGGAGGCUGCCAGCGGCGACGGCUGUUUUGUGUCUAUGGUUAUUGCAGCUGCUUCUCUGGCAUGCUUUCUCAGCGCAGCUUGUGGUCUGAUCCAAAAACUAAGAUUCAUUCACACGACUAUGUCUCGUCGCUGUACUCAGCUCUUGUUGAGGGCACUUGUCCAGUGGAUGCCGUCGAUAUCAUUUGAAUUACAAGGAUCAUUGCAUACGGUAUGUGAUCCUAAGGUCGGCUACGAUGGUGGCUGCCCAUUACAGGCAUCACUGGCAUUAAUACCUAUGGAUUUUGAGCCAGAAGAAGCGCGUUUAGUGAAUCGCAUCAAGGAACUAGCUAACCAUCUGCCUCUUUCUGCGCUGUGGCAGACGAAUUACCCCCUUACUGAGAACACUGACAACUCGUUUGAUGUUAAUCAGGAAAAGACUGAAUCAUUGCGCGAACAGUGGGUGCAUAGGGUGGUAGAUGUUUUAUAUAUCGCACUACGCAACACUGACCAGAAAAAGGAUGAUGUUGAGGAAGAGGGUAACACAUUUUUUGUACUUUCUUGCGUUCUCAUGGGACUCGCUACACCACAUUUCCAAAACACGAUACUCAUAAUGGAAGUGUACUUGGGUCUAUUUCUUCAAAUGGGCCGUGUGGAGCAAUGCCAGUGUAUAGGUACGAACCUGGAUGAACCUGGAACAAGCCUAGAAGAUGAGAGCUGCGCGAAGCAUCUUUGGGUGCUUAUUCAGAUUGGAUUACUAGUUCUUAAUGGGUACUCACCGACGAUCUACCGCGAGGGUGAGCACAUCAACGAGGUCCAAAGAUGCUCGUCCAUAUACAAGGGUCGGCUACAGGCCUCGCUGCUGGCACUCAUAGGGACAGGAAGUGCUGUGCUUACUGGGUUACCACCAUCCGCGCUGGCAGUUCACAUGAUACCGCAUUUGAGAUCCUCGCUACUUCAGGUUUUGCCUGUUUUUCUCAGUUUAGCUGAUUAUUGCUUCUUUAAUUUCACUGACAUGUGCGGUCUCCAGAACAAUGCCGAGGAUAUGUUUGAAAUUUCGAGCGCGAUUAAAGACGUCAACGACGCGUUCGAGAAUCUUUUCACAAACACAUCAAGCAGCGACGAACUUGAAAGGGGAGUUCCAGUGUUUUUGAAGGAAGGGUGCUCCAUCGCUCUGCCUUUAGCACUCUGCCGGCUUCGCUUCGCCUUCUUUGCUGUAGAACCUUUUGGUACGCCUACUGACGAGAGACUUGGGCAGUACCACACCGCACUUUCGUCAUUUCAGAGCAGGUUUGCGGCGUUGACCAGUGCAGUUCAGCUUUCUGCCACUACGAAAGACGCACAGGCUGGUGAUACAAGUAACACAGAUCCAAUAGCAUGCUUUCUAUUAGUGUCGUCACUUCUUCGUGAAGCGGCCUAUUUCCCACUGGACGUAUCACGUGAUAAAGUACUCAUUGCGUGUAUUCGUCGGUGGGUCGACUUGAGCCUGCAGCUUGCCUCUUGCACGUUAGCACGAUUGCAUCCUGCUUUUUCGGAGCUACUUCAGUACCAUGCGGCUAGAAGCCUUCUUUUCUUUGCGGAAUGCAACACGUAUGUACCGAUAGAGCAGCUCAACCUUUCAGAAACAGCAGCUACAUUCUUAAUGCGUAUUUUGCAGUCUCUGGAAGAUAAGGGUGAGGAAGAGCGCUUUACUUUCAAUAUUAGUGAUGGCGAGGUGGGGGGGCACUUGCUGGAGACAUAUACUCGAUGGUUUUUACGAGGUCGAGAAUGGCAAAGGGUGUGUAGUUUGCAUAGCCGCGCACAGGCACUUAAAUCUACAGAUUUCAGCUCAACAGAUAACCCCGUAGUUUCGACUAUUUUAGAGAGCAUGCGUCAGUGCCAAGCAUCAUUGUGUAAGUUACUACUCCAACAGCGCGAGCCCAACAGUGGCUGCUGCGUCGUUACCGAAGAUGGUUCCUGUGAGGAUCGCGUGGAUGAGGAGGACGCAUCGCUCCAUCUCAUUCAGAAGCGAAUGCAUCCAGAUGACAGUAAAAAACUCAUUGGGAACACAGUUAAGCCUUUUCCCAGUCGGUUUAGAGCCAGGGAGGCCCUCGAGCUAUCGUCGCGUCUGCGGGAAUUAUUGCGUGUAGGUCACAUCGUUGAAUCUGUCUUAUCUCAAGCAGCCCACCGAGAGGACGAUGAAUUGGUUACAGAUAGCAGUACACCAUCUCCAGUUGUUUCGACAAAUGCCACCUCACCUUUUUUGUCACUCUCCGUGGAAGUUCUUUCGCCUAGCCAUGUUUCCACGCAGGACUCUUCAGGGAGUAUUGCCGAGAUACACGGUUGA